GAAGUUGAUUAGAUUAGACAUGUCAACCAUCCAUCACUAGCUUACACUCUAACCCGAGUAACAUGGAGCACGUGGAAUCUUGUGUGAAUCAGCAAGGACCACCUUGCAAGGCUAAAUACUCCUGGGUGAGCUAGCGAUAGCGAAAUAGUACUGUGAAGGAAGGGUGAAAAGAAGCCCCGUCGGGGAGUGAAAUAGAACAUGAAACCGUAAGCUCACAAGCAGUGGGAGGAGCCAGAGGGCUCUGACCGUGUGCCUGUUGAAGAAUGAACCUGCGACUCAUAGGCAGUGGCUUGGUUAAGGAAACCCACCGGUGCCGUAGCAAAAACACCGCACCAAAAGGUAUGAGAGCUUGGGUAGGGAUUGGAUGCAUUUUUUUUUGGGUGCGUUAAAGACAAAGCAUAAAUUCAUACUUUGCUUCAAAGUAUGAAAAUUUAUUCAAACAAUUAAGCACAAAAGGAGGAGGAAAAGAGGAAGAAGAUGAAAGACACCCAGAUGGAAAUAAAUACUUCUCCUACAGUCUAAAGCCAAAGAAGCCCUUAAUUAGAGAGGAACAGACCAAAAAUCAAUCCUCCAAUAAAAAUCCUCCACUUACAUACCCACUUGAAUUUUUCAGUGCUAUUCCAUUCCAACUAACAUUUCACCAAAUCUAGACAUUCUCAACUUAAAUCCCCAGAAAAGCAAGUUCAGGAAUAAAGACACAACAUCUGGAACUCGGUUGUGUUCUGCUUUGGUCUCAUUGAUGUUGAGGGGAAGAUAUUGCAUCAUCAUCUGUAAACCUGGGAAAGUCAGUGGAGUUUUUCUUCGAAGGGAUCUUUGAUUGCAUCCAUGAGAUCACUGCCGCUCUUGCCUUGUCUAGGAUGACUGAGUCUGCUUACAGGGUUGAAACCACCGCCCGCCUUGCCCAAUGGAGGAUAGACAAUCUUGCUUCUUUCACCUACCGGAAAUCAGAUCCCUUUAAGAUAGGGAAAUGGUACUGGCAUUUGGUUGUGGAGAAGAACAAGGUUUUCCUUGUCAAGUUAUACCCAGAGAUAUCUAAUUUAACCAGAGAGAAUCCUCCGAUUGCAUCUUUCAUAAUCCGGGCGGUCUGUUCGGCUGGGGAUCGUAAAGCUUUCAUUCAUCCGGAAAUAAGAGACAAGCAACUGAAGAACAACGACCAUUUCGUUUGGGCAGUUGAGGUUCCUUUAACAGGGAAAUUAAUCAUUGAUGUCGAAUUCCUUGAUUUGAAGAUUGCAUCACCAGACGGUGGGGAACCUAGUUCCAUCUGGCCUGAAGGAUCCACAGAGAGUCAAUCAAAUGCGACAGCACUUGAAUAUCUUGGUCGAAUGUUGACAGAAGGCAUUCACACAGACAUCACUAUCAAUGCCUCUGAUGGAAGCAUUGGAGCUCAUCGUGCUAUUCUUGCAGCAAGAUCACCUGUUUUCCGCAGCAUGUUCUCGCAUGACCUGAAAGAGAAAGAACUCUCUACAAUUAAUAUCUCUGAUAUGUCAAUAGAAGCUGUUCAGGCUUUUCUCAGUUACAUUUAUGGGAACAUUCAACAUGAAGAAUUUCUCACACACCGAUUGGCUCUUCUAGGUGCAGCUGAUAAGUAUGACAUCUCUGACCUGAAAGAAGCAUGCCAUGAGAGUCUUCUAGAUGAUAUUGAUGUAAGAAAUGUCCUCGAGAGGCUGCAGAAUGCCUCUCUCUAUCAAUUGCCAAAACUGAAGUCCAGUUGCAUGCGUUAUCUUGUGAAGUUUGGCAAAAUAUAUGAUAUCCGGGAUGAGUUCAAUGCUUUCCUGCAUUCUGCAGAUAUGGAGCUCGUAGCUGAAAUCUUCCAUGAAAUUCUCAAUGCCUGGAAAGGAUUCUAAGAUUCUAUCUACAAAGAAAGCAGGGGAAGCAUGUUUAAGUCAUUGGUUAUUCAUCCAUUUAACAGAUUACAAGAAAAAAGUUUAGUGUGCAGGAUUGCUAUACGAUUAUUUUUUUGUUCAGAUGUGGAAUUUAUUCAUGCCUUCAUGUACAAGUGCAUCUGUUUCCUUGACAUGAACAUUCUAUCAUUGUUAAAACAAUUCAUAUGAUUUGGAUGAAAUACCAGUAAUCUGUGUAUGUAUGGGAGGAAAUAAGUUUUCCUCCAUAUGCUGUUACGCUAAAGAAACAAAGCACAUGAAUUUUC